AUAAUACCCUUAACAUUUUGACAAAACGUAAUGGGUUCAGCCGCCAGAAGCAAGAAGUCUAUUUUCUACCAAUCAUCAUCAGCGACAGUGGAAAUCCUCCAAUGAGCAGCACCAGCACCCUUACCAUUAAGGUCUGUGGUUGCAGCAACGAGGGCAUUGCCCAGUCCUGCAGUGCUGAAGCCUACGUCCUCCCAAUCGGUCUCAGCAUGGGAGCAUUAAUAGCAAUCCUAGCCUGCAUCAUUUUGCUGCUAGUCAUUGUGGUGUUGUUUGUGACUCUACGAAGACAUAAAAAUGAGCCUCUUAUUAUCAAAGAUGAUGAAGACGUGAGGGAAAACAUAAUACGCUAUGACGACGAAGGAGGAGGUGAAGAAGACACAGAAGCCUUUGAUAUUGCAACUCUGCAAAACCCUGAUGGGAUCAAUGGAUUUUUGCCCCGCAAGGAUAUUAAACCUGACCUUCAGUUCAUGCCCAGACAGGGACUGGCCCCUGUUCCCAAUGGUGUUGAUGUUGAUGAAUUUAUCAGCGUAAGGCUUCAUGAAGCUGACAAUGAUCCUACAGCGCCCCCAUAUGACUCAAUUCAGAUUUAUGGGUAUGAGGGACGAGGCUCGGUAGCUGGCUCUCUAAGUUCCUUAGAGUCAACAACCUCAGACUCAGACCAGAAUUUUGACUACCUCAGUGAAUGGGGUCCCCGUUUUAAAAGACUUGGGGAACUUUACUCAGUGGGCGAAAGCGAUAAAGAAACUUGACAGUGGAUUACAACUUUUUUUUUCACUCUUGACUGAAAACACUCAUGUAAUAUUCUAGGGCCACUGCUAUUAGUUAUGACUAAUGUGGCUUUUUGUUUAGGGGCAAGUUUAAUGCCAGUCAUCUAUAAAAUCAACUACAUUGUAAUGUUGAACCAAAAAAAAAAAA